AAUUCUUGGCGACUCUUCUGUGCGAACCCUACGACCGAUGGAGAGCAAGGAACGAAACCAAACUCUGCCCAGAGCUCGCAAAGGAAGCAGGAGGAGCUGUGUGCCCGGCGAUCAAGAAGCAAAGGUUGCGACUUGGAGCUCAUAGCUCGCCGAAACGGAAUCGCAGGGAGUAGUUCAUCCUGGUUCUGCCCAUCGCCAGACCCUUACCCAUCUUCUUUUCAUUUUAAGCCAGACCCAACCAAAGUUUGCUAGGUUCGCCAUGCGAAGCUUGGUUCGUCGCAGGCUCUACACACGUUGACGGGAGGCGUCAGUUCCGUCGUCAGACAUCAUAGCUGCAGUUUGAGCGGCAAACACUUUCAGGAGGGCGGUGUGGAGGAAGCGGGUUGGUGGAUACGCUCCACAUGUCCCUAGGCCAGGCGGAGGAGCAAGGAACAGAGCCUCUGCGGCAGAGGUUGGGCUAGGCGCGUCAGCAGCUUCGGCAGCGUCGCCAACAGGGAGCUUCCAGAUCGGGGAGCUUCCAGAGCCUCGGGAACGUCGCGAGCCAUCGCCGGAAUCACCGAGGCUACGGGAACAUCCCCUCACCUCCCAUUGGCAGCAGCCAUACAUGAUGCUGACGACUGCUCUGACCGCCAUAGCCACCGUCAUUUCCACUCUCCCCGUCAUUCGCCGCAAGCUCGCAGUUUACUUCGCAACUUUCCUCCUGCUGCUAGGCCUUCUCCACCAGCUGACCAGCUCGCUCGGCGCGGGCUGGCUGCACGUGGUGUGGAAUGGCAUGCUAGCACCCACUUAUCUCGCCACCGAGGUUGCCGGCCCGCUUGGUGCGCCGUCGAUUGCGCAAGUGGUUAUUUCGCUCGUUCUCUCGAUCGUGUUGAGUGCCGGCGCUCCGACAUCGGGGCUGAUUCCUGAGAUUUCGUUGAACUUUGUCACCCCCGUUCUGUUGUAUCUGUCGUACUCUGCGCCGACGCUCGUCGCUGCGGCGACAGCGGCCGUCGCAACUGUCGCAACCGACGCGAUCGGCUCGGAUUACGGCGAGUCGUUGAAAAGCCGUGCGACUGCUAACCAGCAGCAGCAGCAGCAGCAGCAGCAGCAGCAGCAGCAGCAGCAGCAGCAGCAGCAGCAGCAGCAGCAGCAGCAGCAGCAGCAGCAGGCAGCAGAUCCAAUGGCUAAGGCGCGAGCAUCGCCGCCGUGCUUGCCGCUCUUCUGCACUCCCUCCUCCGCUACCUCUUCCUCCUCUUCCUCUUCCUCUUCUAGCCAGGAGAAAGCCAGCCUUCUCGACACUAAGAAUGCAAACCCGAACCAGAAGCCUCUCGUGAUCAUCCAUUACCCCUGCAAUCGUAGCACCGACGGAGCUGCUAACAGCACAGCCGCAGAGCUUCCGCUACAGGUUGACGGCUCCGUCAAAUUUCCCGUCCAGGGACGCGGGGAACCGACUGGUUUCGUCAAGGUCGACACUUUUCCGUCAGUUCCGUCCGUGACGCCGUUUUCCCUCGACGGUGGCGCCUCCGCAUCCUGGCGGGGUGUGGACGGGACGAUAAGGGGAGCGCGAUCCGCGGGGAACUGGGUGGAAUCGGCGGCUUGCGCGGGGGCGGAAGGGGACGGGCGGACGGCGGUGGUGCUGCUGGGGUGGCUCGGCGCGCAGCAGCGGCACAUGCGGCAGUACGCCACGUGGUACAACGCGCGGGGCAUCGACGCGAUCGGAUUCGUCAUCCCGUUCACGGAUAUCUUCAGCGUCAGGCUCGGCGAGAAGGCGGAGCUCCACGUCGACGAUCUGGUCGCGGAGCUCGAGCGAUGGCUCCUCGCGGGCGCAAAUCGCGGCGGGAUGCACGGCGGACUAGGCGGCGCGCUUGGCGGCGGCGGGCGGCGCACGCUGCUGUUUCACACGUUCAGCAACACGGGGUGGAUCGCGUACGGCGCGGCGCUGCUGCGGCUGCAGCGCAAGUACGGGAAGGCCGCCAUGGAUGGGAUUAUCAAGGGCUGUGUGGUGGACUCCGCACCGAUCCUGGAAGAAGACCCCAAGGUGUGGGCAAGUGGCUUCUCAGCAGCCAUCCUCCAGAAGCGCAGUGCAGCAACUCGCAUGGGCUCCCUGGUGAUCGACUCUGUAGUUGGAUGCUCCCAACUCAAAUCCGCCCUGCUGCAAGCCAGCAGCCUUCCUACUCCCUCUGCUAGAGCUGCUGCUGGUGCUGCUGGUGCUGGUGCUGGUGGUGCGGCUACCACCUCUGUAGCAUCUGCUGCUGCUAGCGUCUCUGCUCCAGUGCUCACUAGUGUGACUAUAUCUCGGAGUGACAGUAGCAGCAGCUUUGGCAGCGUGAACCAGGCACAGGAACAGGGAGAGAGGGAGGGGUUGGGGCAGGGGCAGGGGUGCUUGGGUGGUGAAGAAGUGGCGUUUCCUUCACCGGCUCCCUGCGGGUGUAAGGUGGUGUGGUGGCGGGCUGAGGAGGCGGAGAGAUUAAAGGCAUGCGGUCCUGCAGUGAGAGGAGGGACCAAGUCGUCAGUAGGAGCAACAGCUGCUGCUGCUGCUGCCGUGGCAGCAGCGGCAGGGGGUGUGGUGAGGGGCAUGAGGGAAGGGAAUGGUGCUGCUGUUUACGGUCGUGGCGUUAAUACUGGGUGUGCUUCUGGAGGGGGGACAGAGCAGGAGCAGCAGCAGUGGCUGCUGCAGCAGCAGCUGCUGGCGUUGUACAGGAUGCAGAUGGAGAGGCAAGAGAGGCGGUUGGUGCUAGGGAAGGAGCUGAGGAGAGAGCACGAGCAGGGCAGCUACUUGCACCUGCAGCAUCAGGUGCAUCACCAGGGUCAGCAGCAGCUGCAGGGUCACCUACACCUGCAGCAGCAGCAGCAGCAGAGGGGCCGGGGCGGCAGCAGCAUAUUCCAGGCGUGCAGUCGGCUGGCGGUGGCGGUGGUGAGAGUGGUGAAGGUCCGGCUUGACGCUCUGGAGAGUAUGCUCGUGACGGCGCUGUGGCUCAUCUUCCAAGUCGCCCUGCGCAUUCCCUACGUCAAAGGGAAGCUUGCCGAGGUGACAAGCACUCUGCACCACCACCAGCCCAACUGCCCGCAGCUCUAUUUCUACAGCGAAGCAGACAUUGUAAUUCCACUGCCUGCCGUUGAAAAGUUCAUUGCUGGGCAGCAGGCCCAGGGCCACCGGGUGAUGUCGAUGAGAUUCGAAUGUUCGCCGCAUGUGGACCAUUUCCGCACGUUCCCUGAGCUCUACACCCAACAGCUUGAGGCGUUUUUGAAAGAGUGCCUGCCGCACCGUUACCACCAGCAAGGUGGUUACCAGCAAGGGUGUGAUUGUGAGCAACAGUAUGGUUACCAGCACAAAACUGUGGCAGCAGUGCAAGGUGCUACAGUUCUGUGUUAGGAGUUGGGAGCUGAAGGCGAGUCUCAGAGGAAGUGAGACUUCUAUGGGUGGAAUAACUCCUGCUUUUGUAAGGCUAUUGAUGCUCUUCCUUGCAAAAUCGUGGUAGGCUGUUUAGCAUAACUUGUGUAGGAGUUGUGGCCUGCUAUGUAGAGGUAGCCUGUUGGUGGGAAGGCAUUUUUAGCCAGCAAGUCUCGAUGCGGCCAUCUAGUCUUAGGCCUUGUCUAACACGUCUUGUGAUUUUCA